AUGAUAAUAUCCAGAGUCGGACCGUGCACCUGGAGAAUUCCCAAACGUUGCGCCGGCAUCGAAGUCGGUAUCUUCAAUGACAUAACUUCUCUAAGCCUUGGCCCUCCCGCUGAUGCCAAUGACCCUCUAGGCCAUGAAAGCAUGGGUUGGCGUGAAGGACAUCAUAGAAGCGACUUUUUCGGUCCAAUGCACAAAUAUCAUAAUCAUAGACAACCGUUUCAUGGUCACUUUGGACGCCCUGGGCAUAUCCACAAUCCAUCCAACGAAUGGCCUCCUUCUCGAACGCAUAUCGGUGGAAAUAUGCCUAUGAACCCAUUCUCUUCGUUCUCUUUAUCCUCUCUGUCCUCUGGUUCUUCAGUACCAUCUUCAUCGUCACCAUCAUCGUCAAGCUCAUCGCCUUUUUCUUCCUUUUCUUCUUCAUCGCCGGCAUUUUCCGCUUUGAUCCGGGGCCAAGAAGUCUGGCCUAAUGUUCCAAUCGGUCAUCCAUUACAUUUAAAUGACGAUGUUGUGACGGAAUUCGACGAUCAGGAAAGAGGAGGAGGUUCAAUUGGACUUCGUUUAUCUGGUAUGGCUGAAAUGUCCGCUCACCCUGAUGGUCCUGGUUUACUUGGCAUGCCAGGCGGGCCUGGAGGACCUGGUGGACCGGGUGGUCAGGGAGGACCAGGCAGUCAAGGAGGACCUGGCGGACCAGGAGGACCAGGCGGACCUGGCGGACUUGGAGGACCCGGCAUAUUUGGUGGAUUUGGAGAACUUGGAUCCGGAGAGCCGAGCGGACCGAUAGGA